ACUAUUUACAAUACACACUUCAAUUAAAGUAGUUUAUGUUUUGAAUAAUAAUUAUAUUGAACCAAAUUGCUGCAAUGGACCCGCUAAGUGAGUCAAGCUCUGCUGCCUUCAACACAGCAGAAACUGAAGAUGAGCAGCUGCCAUCGCUGAAGAGUGCAGUAGCCUUGGAGCUGGAUGAGUUGCCCAUGUGCAGCGGAGAAACGCAGCGUGCCACCAAGAAGCGGUUUACUGUAAAGAAAUGGAGUGCAGUUGCCAUGUGGGCUUGGGUCCUGUCUGUUUGCUAUGCAGACAUAGCUGUGGACACUUGCGCCAUUUGCCGCAAUUCCAUAAUGGAUUUGUGCAUUGAGUGCCAGGCGGAUCCGCAUCAGAGCUCGUUCGAGGACUGCACCGUGGCCUGGGGCGUUUGCAAUCACGCCUAUCACUUCCAUUGCAUAUCGCGCUGGCUCAAAUCGCGCUCCGUCUGCCCGCUGGACAAUCGCGAGUGGGAGUUUCAAAAGCUGGGCCGUUAGUUACUUUUGCGUGUGGCAAGUGGCAAGUGGCAAGGUGUUGUUGCUUUUUCGCUGGCGGCUCAAGCCCAAGUACCGAAGUAAUAAGAAAUCGUUGCGCUGCGUCAGCGUCUUGAACUUUAUCAUUAUUUUGUGUUAAUUAUGCAGCUUUCGCCUCCAAUGCCCAAUUAUCAUUUGUGUGUGCUCUGGCAAGUUUUCGAGGCACUUAAUAACGCAGCAGGCGCGCCCUCGUAGCUACAGCAGCUCAAACUUUAUCCGCAGUCUCAUAUAUAGU